CCAAAUUCCAAUUGAAAUGAAAUCUUUAGGAUAAAUCAAUGUAAUUUAGGAGGAAUCAAUGAAAGGACAUCAAUUCAAAUCUUGGAUUUUCGAAUUGAGAGAGAUAUUGAGAGAGAUCAAGAAUUCUCACUAUUUCUUAGAUUCAUGGACCCAAUUCACUUCAGUGGGAUCUUUCAUUCACAUUUUUUUCCACCAAGAACGUUUUAUAAAACUCUUUGACCCCCGAAUUUGGAGUAUCCUACUUUCACGCAAUUCACAGGGUUCAACAAGCAAUCGAUAUUUCACGAUCAAGGGUGUAGUACUAUUUGUAGUAGCGGUCCUUAUAUAUCGUAUUAACAAUCGAAAUAUGGUCGAAAGAAAAAAUCUCUAUUUGACAGGGCUUCUUCCUAUACCUAUGAAUUCCAUUGGACCCAGAAAUGAUACAUUGGAAGAAUCUUUUGGGUCUUCCAAUAUCAAUAGGUUGAUUGUUUCGCUCCUGUAUCUUCCAAAAGGAAAAAAGAUCUCUGAGAGCUGUUUCCUGGAUCCGAAAGAGAGUACUUGGGUUCUCCCAAUAACUAAAAAGUGUAUCAUGCCUGAAUCUAACUGGGGUUCGCGGUGGUGGAGGAACUGGAUCGGAAAAAAGAGGGAUUCUAGUUGUAAGAUAUCUAAUGAAACCGUCGCUGGAAUUGAGAUCUCAUUCAAAGAAAAAGAUAUCAAAUAUCUGGAGUUUCUUUUUGUAUAUUAUAUGGAUGAUCCGAUCCACAAGGACCAUGAUUGGGAAUUGUUUGAUCGUCUUUCUCCGAGGAAGAGGCGAAACAUAAUCAACUUGAAUUCGGGACAGCUAUUCGAAAUCUUAGUGAAACACUGGAUUUGUUAUCUCAUGUCUGCUUUUCGUGAAAAAAUACCAAUUGAAGUGGAGGGUUUCUUCAAACAACAAGGAGCUGGGUCAACUAUUCAAUCAAAUGAUAUUGAGCAUGUUUCCCAUCUCUUCUCGAGAAACAAGUGGGCUAUUUCUUUGCAAAAUUGUGCUCAAUUUCAUAUGUGGCAAUUCCGCCAAGAUCUCUUCGUUAGUUGGGGGAAAAAUCCGCACGAAUCGGAUUUUUUGAGGAACGUAUCGAGAGAGAAUUGGAUUUGGUUAGACAAUGUGUGGUUGGUAAACAAGGAUCGGUUUUUUAGCAAGGUACGGAAUGUAUCGUCAAAUAUUCAAUAUGAUUCCACAAGAUCUAGUUUCGUUCAAGUAACGGAUUCUAGCCAAUUGAAAGGAUCUUCUGAUCAAUCCAGAGAUCAUUUCGAUUCCAUUAGUAAUGAGGAUUCGAAAUAUCACACAUUGAUCAAUCAAAGAGAGAUUCAACAACUAAAAGAAAGAUCGAUUCUUUGGGAUCCUUCCUUUCUUCAAACGGAACGAACAGAGAUAGAAUCAGACCGAUUCCCGAAAUGCCUUUCUGGAUAUUCCUCAAUGUCAAUGUCCCGGCUAUUCACGGAACGUGAAAAGCAGAUGAUUAUUCAUCUGCUUCCGGAAGAAAUUGAAGAAUUUCUUGGGAAUCCUACAAGAUCCAUUCGUUCUUUUUUCUCUGACAGAUGGUCAGAACUUCAUCUGGGUUCGAAUCCUAUUGAGAGGUCCACUAGAGAUCAGAAAUUGUUGAAGAAACAACAAGAUGUUUCUUUUGUCCCUUCCAGGCGAUCGGAAAAUAAAGAAAUGGUUAAUAUAUUCAAGAUAAUUACGUAUUUACAAAAUACCGUCUCAAUUCAUCCUAUUUCAUCAGAUCCGGGAUGUGAUAUGGUUCCGAAGGAUGAACCGGAUAUGGACAGUUCCAAUAAGAUUUCAUUCUUGAACAAAAAUCCAUUUUUUGAUUUAUUUCAUCUAUUCCAUGACCGGAACAGGGGGGGAUACACGUUACACCACGAUUUUGAAUCAGAAGAGAGAUUUCAAGAAAUGGCAGAUCGAUUCACUCUAUCAAUAACCGAGCCGGAUCUGGUGUAUCAUAAGGGAUUUGCCUUUUCUAUUGAUUCCUACGGAUUGGAUCAAAAACAAUUCUUGAAUGAGGUAUUUAACUCCAGGGAUGAAUCGAACAAGAAAUCUUUAUUGGUUCUACCUCCUAGUUUUUAUGAAGAGAAUGAAUCUUUUUAUCGAAGGAUCAGAAAAAAAUGGGUCCGGAUCUCCUGCGGAAAUGAUUUGGAAGAUCCAAAACCAAAAAUAGUGGUAUUUGCUAGCAACAACAUAAUGGAGGCAGUCAAUCAAUAUAUAUUGAUCCGAAAUCUGAUUCAAAUCCAAUAUAGCACCUAUGGGUACAUAAGAAAUGUAUUGAAUCGAUUCUUUUUAAUGAAUAGAUCCGAUCGCAACUUCGAAUAUGGAAUUCAAAGGGAUCAAAUAGGAAAUGAUACUCUGAAUCAUAGAACUAUAAUGAAAUAUACGAUCAACCAACAUUUAUCGAAUUUGAAAAAGAGUCAGAAGAAAUGGUUCGAUCCUCUUAUUUUUAUUUCUCGAACCGAGAGAUCCAUGAAUCGGGAUCCUCAUGCAUAUAGAUACAAAUGGUCCAAUGGGAGCAAGAAUUUCCAGGAACUAGGGAUGGCAACGGGGCGGGGGACUGUUGGGGCUAGGGUUCUGUGUGUAGGGGUUCAUGUGCUUCCCAUGGACUGCCAUCAACUUCUUCCUAAGGAUGGCCUUAACGCUGCUCCUUCCACCCUCCAGCUCUUCCAGAACUUCGCCAAUCUCCCCAUGGUCGGAAAACCCCUAUACGGCGUCGUUUCCGACGCUGGGUUCAGGUGCUUCCCAUGGACUGCCAUCAACUUCUUCCUCAAGGACGGCUUUAACCCCGCUCCUUCCACCCUCCAACUCCUCCAGAAUUCUGUCAAUCUCCCCAUGGUCGGAAAACCCCUAUACAACGUCGUUUUCGACGCCGUCUACAUUGGAGGCCAGCACUGCAUCCCCUACAUCGCCAUCGGAGAAACUUCUCAUGGGUCAGUCGCACUUAUCGUCGGCGUUACCGGCAUGGUGGGCCUCAGCUUAGCCGAAGCCCUUAAGAAGCCCAGGGCCAUUGGAGGUCCUUGGAAGGUUUACGGCGCCGCUCGCCGCCCCAAGCCCACCUGGUUCCCAACCUCCAACGUCGACGAUUACCUAGCCUUCGACGCCGUUAAUCCCGAUGACACUCGUGCCAAGUUGUCUCCGAUCUCCCACGAAGUCACGCACGUCUUCUGGGUGGCGAUCCAAGUCCGCGAAACGGAGGAACUGAAUGUCACCGUCAACGCCGCCAUGCUCUCUAAUGUACUUGGCGUCCUCAAAUCGGCGCCGUCUUCACGGCUGCGACACCUCACCCUCCAAACCGGCACACAACACUACAUCGGUCCGCUCCAUGACCCCAACCACUCGGGCCUANUAUUAUUAAAAGUAUUUUGA